AACCAGAAAAUUGCCGGUGACCAGUCAUCGUUGUUUACAUUGACAGCAAAUAUGGCUGAAAAAUCGAAAAUGAAAGUUGAAAGUGACAUUAAACUAUGAACGCUUUAUUGUUCUCUUUUAAGGAUUUAAAGGGUGGAUGUUUGUUAUGUAAUGGGACGCAGAAAAGGACGUAAAUGGAAUCAAGCUUCAAAUGGGACUCACAUAAUGACACAGCAACAAUUACGAGACUGUUACAGCAUUAAUGAACACUUAGGUUCAGAAAAUAGAUGCACAGAGUAUAAAAAUGGUCCUGGUUUUAUAAGGCAUGGAUUUCGGGAAAAUGUAGCAAAAUAUGUCUGUGGAUUUGUCAACAGCCAACAAAAUGGGAAACUCUUGAUAGGAGUCAAUGAUGAUGGUAUUGUCACUGGCUAUGACUGCAGUCACCGAGAUGAAGAUCUUGUACGUCGCGAGGUUGACGAAGCAGUGAAAGACCUCGAGCCACAAAUAUUCCCUCAAGAUUAUAGCGUUAGAUUUGUGCCAGUCAUUAAUGAAGAUGGUCAUCAGAUGGGAAAUUUAAAGGUGAUAGAGAUUAUUGUAAAUGGUGAAGUUAUUGACAAAAAAGAUGUUCUGUACCAAAAUAAACAAGGUGUAUUCAUGCGAUGUGAUGGCAGUAUACAGGUACUAAAAGGCGCUGCUAUACAAGAAUGGAGUAGAAGGAAAUUUCAACAGAGAUAUCAACCAGAAAUUGACAAAUUGAAGAAGAAUGAACAAAAUUAUGUGAAAGAUCUUCAAAAUAAAGAAAGUGAAAUAAGGCAGCUGAAUGAGAAAUUAGAGCAGAAAAAUGCAGCUGCCCAGCAGUUAGCUUCAAAUCAAGAAAAUGAGGUGCAUGAGGAUCUAAGGAAUAAGGACCAGAAAAUAAGAGAACUUGAAGAAGAAUUAGAAAAGAAAAAUGAAGCAAUCAGAAAGAUGGAAGAAACAGCUUCAGUAUUCACCCAUGUAAAUGAAGAACAAAAUGGAGCAAAUGGAGCAGAAGGCAAUUCUGAAGUCAUCAAAACAUUGGGCAGACUGGAAGAUAUGCUUCAAAAGCAGCAGAAAUCAAAAAUCUGUGUCAUAUCCUGACAGGAAUAUAAAAACUCCACUUUUCAUUGGAUAAUUGUGAAGUUGAUAUCAUAGUUUUAUAUACACGGCUGCUGUGAAUUUAUGAAGAAAUAUUCUUUUUUUCUGUAAAAAGGAAGUUUGCAGUAUUAUUGUGUUGCCUCUACGGAGUAGUGGCAAUACAUAGGGAUCACUUCUCUGUCGUCUUUCUGUCCAUCUGUCCGUCCAUCACAAAACUUGUCCAAACUUCUGCUCAGAAACUUCUGGUGCAAUUUCUUCCAAACUUUAUAGGAAUGAUUUAUACCAAGUCUAGUUUUGCCCUGUUAAUGGCUUUUGGGUCUCCUGCUACACAUUAGCUGCAACAUGCGAUUGGCUUUCAUGAGGCGACACAUGUCAUCACUGAUGGUCCUUGUAAAUUUGUGAUACAUAUUUUGACAGGUUAUAUGACAGUAAAUAAAUGGUUGUUUGCAAUAUAACCCUCCCCUAGUGGCUUGGGUGAUAUUUCCAAACAACCGUUAAUAAAAGGGCCAUAUAACCUGUCAAAAAUCUUUAUAAAAUUCAAUACUGUAAGUUUCUGUUAUUUUUGCUUUAUUUUCUGCUUCACAGGGAUAUUCAAAAUGUGUUCUAUACAUUCAGUGUACCUUUAGAACAGAUAAUAAUAAAGAAUCUUAUAUCAGUAUUUUGCAAUACAUUCCAUUUAAUUUAUGAGGACUUUAGUAAAAUUCCCAAAAGGCAUGGAGUUUUAAACCAAAUUUACUUUUAUUUUGUACUUUAAAUGGCUAAGUGUUACAUUAGUUUUGACCAUAUUGCAAGAUUGUAAGCCAUGUGUAAUGUCCCUUAAAGCUGCAUGCCUCCAGAUGAGCGAAAAUAUUUCAAUAAAAACAUUUUUGAGAAAAAUGUUCUAAGUUUUUAGGAAAAGUAGAAAUAUUCAAGAUUAAAGUAAUUAUUUACAUGUUAUGUGCGAUUAAUGACUGAUUUUUCAGUAUUUAUAGUUAUAUUUCUACUGCGUUACUAACGAAGUAAGGGCAAUUUUUGCAUAUUUUGUCCUCUUUUUCAUAAUUUACGCGGGCUGUUAGUGCCAUCGAUAAUUUGCAAAUUGCGCUCACAAAAUACUACUUUUAAACACAUUUUCAAAAUUUUCAUGAAAGUUAGCAUGAAUCUGGAGGCGUGUUACAUUUAAUUUAAAAAGUAAGCAAAAAUUUAACUUGGACAAAGGGAAAGUUUUUGAUCACUUUUAUUAUAAUUAUAAUGAUAGAAUAUCUUCUUUUAUAUAUUUUUUAAUUCAAUUGUAAAGAGGGAAAAUUGUUUUCCAUUAGAAGUGGCUUUCUAAUAGGUAGAUUAUUUGUUUCUUCUUUAUACAUGCACUUGUAAAGAGAGAAAUUUGUUUUUGAAAAAAAAAGCAGCUCUCUUGGUUGUGUUUUUUUGUAUUUUGUUUUAUUUUUACAUUUUUUAAGCUUUCUGUUAUUUUAUAUGAUUUUAAAUAUGAUUUAUUGAUUGUUUUCUUGUUAUAAAUAAGUGUAGACAACUGU